AUGAAUAAUACCAGCGCAGUUUACAGUCCAGACCAAACACGGUGCUCCUCUAGUGUGUCCGAAACAGUAACGGUUGUUCUUUCAACGGUCAGUUUGCUGGCGUUAAUGGGGAAUUCUCUUGUCAUCCUAACAUUUAUUAAGUCUGUUAGCCUUAAAAACAGCUCUAACUACUACAUCGUUAACAUGGCGGCUUCUGAUCUGGUUUGUGUUCUCCUUAACUGGCCGCUCUAUGCUACUGAAGGGAUGUUAAAACCUGGCGGAAGUCUAAUUACAAACUCAGCUUUCGCUACAAUUUGCUGCAAAAUGGGAAUUUAUUCACGAUCAGUGUCGUAUGUGGUUUCCAUUCUAAGCUUAAUGCUCGUCGCUGUGGACAGAUUUAUUGUAACCGCGUUUCCACUAAAGGCUUUAAACAUAUCUCAAAAGCCUCGCAUAUUCUUUCUGCUUAUAAGUUGGUUGUUGCCAGCGAUUUCCCUAGUACCGUACCUGUUCUAUACGAAAAUCGUUGAAAUAGAGAACCAAACGUUUUGUAGAAACCUGACGAGUGUAUAUUUGCUGAGGAUAUAUUACGCCGUGGGUUUUGUCUUAUUCUACUGUGCUCCGCUUAUUUCAAUUCUCAUCUUGUAUCCUCGUAUCAUGAAACAUUUACGGACAUCUAGAGUAAAGGUUGACAACGGAGGAGGGAGAACUGCUCUUGCUUCAAAAAGACUGAAACAAAGCCGGAACAUCAUGAAAAUCUUUGGAUCAAUCGUUCUGACAUUUUUUAUUUGCUGGACACCAUAUUAUGUUUAUUUGUUCCUGAAAUCCUUUUAUCCUUCGAUAUUUCUGAAGGAUAAAUGUCUCUUUCUUGUUGGUUUAUUUUAUUAUUUAUUUCCUAUUCUUAGUACAGUAACAAACCCCUUUAUUCUUAUGCUUUUUAGCACAAGCUAUCGUGAGGCCAUAAAAAGCUUAUGUAUAUCUUCCUGUUUGCUUCCAAAACGCCCUUCUCGACGUAUCGCUCCUGUAACAGUUUCACAGCAGGCCCGAACUUUGAGGCCACGAACACACAUAUCCGGAUAUCGUUGAAAAUGGAGAUUUUUUUCUCCUUUUUCAAAAACAUGCGCAUCUUCAAGUAGCGUUAUCAAGUAGUUUCUGUUGAUCCACACGAAAACGCUAAAGCGAUGCAAAUACGCCUGUACAGAGCGUGCGCUCUAUGAUGUAUGACAUCAUCGUAAUUAAAAACCUUCUUUUUUGUCCAUCCAUACAAAAACGAUAAUCCGGCGUGUGCAAAAUUCUUCACUUUGAGAUUGUUCUUAAAAAAUCUGCGUUUUUUGUGCCCGAAAACGCCGUUUACGUGUGGAUGGAAGACUAAAACAAAGGAAAAUCUCCGUUUUCGAAAAUGAUCCGGAUACGUGUUAACCUUGAACUCUGAAAAUCUACGGAACUUAAGUUGUUCUUAAGAGUGGAAAAAGAUAUCACUACCUUAAAUGGGCUAAGACUCUCUGCACGUGGUCACGUGGAAAUCAACAUGAAUCAGAACUACUUCGUGAGGAGAAUAAUAAUGAGGAAUUCUCUUUUUAAAGAUUAAAAAGCCUAUUAGUAUGUGUAAUCAAAUGGUAUACUCGUGAAACUAGGGAAUAAUUUCACUUGCGUUUUGUCCAAAUCCUAAUAAUUUCCCGAGCCUAGUGAAAUUAUUCCCUAAUUUCACAAGUAUACCAUUUGAUUACCUAUUAAUAUCAUGGGUGACGAAUUACGUUAGCAAUCUUGGAUUUUUGACAUGUUUAUCCUGGACCGUAUCGAUCGAGAACUCCACUCUCUCAGAUGUUUAGACCUUAAAUUUGGCUUAUAAAGUUCAGAAUUUUUCAGACUUUUUCGGCAAAAUACCUGUUAGAAUCCUUCUUGAUAUUCUCUUGUGUGUUCAGGUUUUCUAAAGUGUCUUUUUGUGCCCUAACAUCUUCAUUCACGGCAUAACAAAACUUCGUCGCCAUCUUGACACUGAGACGUACGAAAGGGUUGCCAUGGCAAUUUUGUAAUUUCACAUGUGAAAUUACAAUUGACGCUGAAAUUUCGCCCCAGAAUUAAGGAGUAAUUCGUCACCUAUGAUAUUAAGGAAAUAAUAUCCCAGAUUAUUAUCUGGCUUGCAAUAGGCUAUGCCUUGAGCCUUACGGCACGCGCAAAAUAUAAUUUCUGAAACAGGCCCCUGGUGCGCCAGGCAUAAGUUUGUGUUUAUAAAUUAAAUGAAAAGUUUACCGAUUCAAUAGAACGCGUGGAGAAACAAUAAGACAAGUUUUGUUUAAUGCUUUCUGUAUUGCAGUUAAUGUCGCAAAACAAAAGUUUCACAAACUUCCCGCCAAGACAUUUAACUGCCAUUCGUCACGUAUCUUGAUAUAAACCUGCGACAACUAAUCUUCGCAAACGUUGUCAAAAAAAGGAAAUUCAAAAGUCAAAUAGUCAAUAAAUUCCCUGGUUAGUUGUAUCUACAUUUAUUCAGUAAAAAGGCCGGGUAGUAUUCUAUUGUAAAUCCAGUAUUCCAGUCGGCCGAUGACUAUGUCCACCUGUGAAACUGCACCUCAGAGAUCUCAAACAGCGAAUAGAUAGAAGACGAUGGAGGUUUAUGCCAAUGAUAAAAACUUAAAAGAAGUCAGCCGAAAGUGCUAUUAUAUAUUUGAAAUGUGGGCUUCGAUAUCUUGUUAAUCUUUGUCUUCUAUUAUUUAAAUAAAAACGCAUUCAAAACGUUUUUAUGAUAAGUGGAGAAGGAGGAAACAACAGCUAGUUACAUAUUUUUUAAAAUCUGCAUGAUAUGAUCCACCGUGUACAGAAAAGAUGUUAAUUAGUUCGAUGGAAAGCAGGCAACUUGAACUUUAUGAAGGUUUGUGUUCUACUUAUUUCUUGGAGCUUACUAAAUUUUCCAACCUCUAGGUGCGGCCCUUAUGUAAAACUUUGUAUUUACGAAUAACACAUCAUAUUACUUCAUCUUAUUUUGACUUUUUGUUUACUUUGUGUUAGUAACCUAAGAAGAAUUCAAUACAACAUUGUUUUUAAAAUUAUACGUCAUCUGUGCGACCACGUAAAUAACAAUGGCACCAAUACAUCACAGCCACAAUAUUUCAAAAUAAAUAAAAAAAAGUCAAAUCAUCUCAGUCACGUUAGCGUCUAGGCCUUUUGUCACAGAUAACAAUGUGUGCCAUUAAAACAUUUCCCUUCUACAGUUCGGGAGUAUGCUAGUUUUGGAAGAAGCGAAAACAAUGGUCUACGUCACCAACCAUAACAUGAUCAACAUGGCGAUGGCCAUUUUCAAAACAUAAAAAAUGGUGGACAAGGGAGAGGAAAGAGUAUUGACAGAAAUUCUCGUUUAUUCUUGUUUCAUCGAGCCUUUUAUUUGUCUUCUCCUUACUAUGAAUUGGGAAGUACCUUGAGGGCAAGGAGUAACCAUUCUUCAUCUUGCGCUAUAGUUCUUCGCUUAUUGCGCGCUUUGUAGGCACUUCGUACUCACUGCGUAUGUAAUCAGUACAUCGAAAAUAGGUAAGCACGCUAACAAGUUUGUGCCUAUUUCUUUCAUUAUUUUUUUUUAUAUCAUAAGAAAAAAGAAUGCUUUGGAGACAACUAAAAAAGUGAGUUGUUCUAUAAUUUAUUUCCUUAUGUUUGCAAAGAGUAAGUUUUACUGUAAUUUUCCCCGUUGCUUCUGUUUCUCUCUCGGGGAGUGAGCGACUGGCCGGAGAAGACGGCUAUAAUUCAGGUUAUUGUUUUGGUGCAAGCGAGUCAUUUGUGAGUAAAAUAUCUGUUUUUUUUUUUUCGAAUAUGAUAUGAUGUUCUGUUGGUGUAUGUCCUGAAGCGGUUCCGUCCAGGUAUACAACAGGUUUACAAGGGAUUUCUGAGGGUAUUGUGUCCGCGUUUUCUUCUUGAAAACCCACAAAGUGAAAAUCUUGCUUAUCAUCCCUGAUCAUUUUUUCUUUUUUCCGCUUCAAAAAAACCUACUGCUUUCAAUUAUUCCACUGUCUGAAGUUCACUGAUUAUUUGCUCAAGCUUAACAAAUGCAAGAGACUCUUCAGAAUUUAAUAUACGUAUUGGAAAAAUAAGAAUGCCUGUUGUUUUUGGAUAUAUUGAUUAAAAUGGGGUACUAUAGUCUUGUAGUCCACCGGAUUUGAUCAGAGGUCAGAUAUCAACAGGGUUAUGGGUUGUUAUAAAAUAUCCUCUUAUAUGGGAUUUGAUGUAUAUCCGAAUAAUACUAAAUUAUUGUUUUUAACUCUGGAGUUGCCUUCAAACCAAAGGCAUUGUAACUUUGGGGAUCACUUUUCUCCAAGUCUUCUCUGUGGGGACCCUCAAACAAUUCUAUUAGACAAGGUUUGGCCAAAAUAAUAAUGAUUGCUGCACUUGGCAUGGACACAACAUAAGUUUUCCAAAGUUCUUUUUCAUAGUUCUCCAUGGUUCUAUUGAACAGCACUUUCAAGAAAACAAAGCUCACACAUCAGAGUAAAGAUACAAUUAUAAAAGUUAUUAAUUUUAUUGUUACAUUUUGUUUUUUUGUAAAUAAACAUUUUAUUUCUGGUCCUGACAUAAACUACGAGCAAGGAAGCUAUGCAAGUCACGCAGACCAUCAGCAAAAAUAAAGUAAAAACAAGUAAAAACUGCAAAUUUUACAGAUUACGGUUAAGUAUUCUUUUUACUGAUUAGGGUUUAGGUUGGGGUUAGGGUUAUGAUUAAGUGCUGUUUAGGGUUAAACACUUAGUUACCAUGGUUAGCUUUCAGUUAAUUCUUUCGCUAUUACCAGAUUACUGUUUUUGAUUUUUAUGUAUUGUUUUCAAUGAGUCGUAUCUGGCCUGCAUGACUCGCUGCCAUGGCUCGCAUAUCAUACACACUCUUGUAUCUCAAAAUCUUGUUUUUUUUAACACCUUCUUGGACAUGAAAACCAAAAACCAAAGCUUAAUUGAUAUAAUGAAGACAGUAGCAGCUGACAUAGGUUUUCAAUAGCUAUCUUGUGAGAUGUCUCUCACGUAUUAUUUAUUAGGGAGGAUGAUUUGUUGAAGACGAUACAUUAAUAUAGAUGCUUUUUCAUCGAGAGAAUCUCAAUAAUUUAGGAUUUAUUCAAAUACAAACAUAUUCAAUAUUAUGACAUAAAAUGUGGGCUUAUUGCUCAUGCAAAGGUAUUGAUGGGGGAGAGUGUGGCAUUUUUAAUUUCCUGUUUCAGAUUGACCUUUGCACAGCACAGGGACUGAACAUAUUAUGUAUUUGGCAUUUGUAAAGUAUAAACAUUAUUUGACGCAAGGGAUUGAACAUUAUGUGGGGAAAAUCUUCACAAGCCUCCACUCCCAUGACUCCUUCCUCAUCUAUCUCCUUUAAAGCCCCUUGAAUAAGGGCCACAGUCUCUUCUAUGGUUGAAUGGUCAUUGAGUGUGAGCUUCCACUCACAAGGUAUAUAAGCACCCCCUCCAACCUGUUUCCCUCUUACCCAUUUUUGAGAGGGAGGAGGGGCUUUUGUGGUGGUAGGUAGCUUGUGACCACACUACAAAGAAACAAAAACACAUGCAUGUUUGAUUUUACUGAGGUAGGGUUGCAUUUGGACAUUAAGUUUUUUAUUACAGAGUAACAUGACGCGAAUCUAAAGCAACAUUUUGCCCUCAGAGCUCAAAUAUGUCGUUCUGAAGAUAUUUAACAUUUGUCUUCCUCGUUCCUUUUCCCAGCUUUUUGGCACAAACGCGAAACAAUGUUUGUAAUAUGUCCAGAUGUUUGUCUACAUUUUGGACGAACAUCCUGAUCAAAAUAUAAGAAAUCAAUAUAAGAACCUACUCACACUGAUUUAAAACUCAUUCCACACACAUGAUCUGGAUCAAUAAAGUGAUUUCUAGAUCAAAGUCCCAUACAUUGCCGGUAAACACAACCAAAAACAGACUUGAUCGCUUAUAAGUAAAAAUACGUGGACAGACUAAGGCAUAACCAUCAAUAUAGUAACCCUUCCUGUCUAUGGGGGUAUAUCUAUGACAAAAUUCAAUAACCUAAAAGUGAAAAGGGUCAAGUCAAAUCUGAAAUAUACCGAGUCAAAGUUGGUAAAAAAAAGACCACACUAAAAGGAAGAAAUACUAAAAAAGCCACUAUCAUAUAGGUAUCACGUAGAAAAAGGCAUCAGACUAAAAGGCAACACACAAAGAGGCACAACGCAAAGAGGCAACGCGCAAAAAGGCAUAACGCAAAGAGGCAUCACCGAAAGAGCCAACACGCAAAAAGGCAUCUCGCAAAGAGGCAUAACGCAAAAAGGCAACACGCAAAAGGCAUCGCAAAAAGGCAAUUUGCAAAAAAGGACAAUUUGUAAAAAGAGCAUCACGUGAUAAGUUCCCUCAUAACAUAUGGUGGGAUCAUCCUCAGAUUGACGGCAAUUUUCCACUGCUGUUAACGCUGCACGAGGAACCGCUAAAACCUGAGCGCCAUCUUGGUAAGGAUGUGCCAAUCUCAAAAGUAAAUCAAUUAGGUUUUCCAGCCGGAAAGAAAUUCAAUCGCUGUCAAUUCCGUUUUGGACUUGUUGUGGUUAUCAAUCAGGGCACUCCUAAGGUACCGAAUAAGCACCUCAUGAGGUGAGCAAGAUGGAAUGUCUCGUUCGAAUACCAUUUCGGUUUGCUUCACGCAGUAUGUACUAAAUACCAGGCUUGGAUCCUAAGUAAACUUCUCACGUGAUGCCCUUUUUGCAAAUUGCCUUUUUUGCGAUGCCUUUUUGCGUGUUGCCUUUUAGCGUUAUGCGUCUUUGCGUACUGCCUUUUUGCGUGUUGGCUCUUUGCGUGAUACCUCUUUGCGUGUUGCCUUUUUGCGUGGUGCCUUUUUGCGUGUUGCCUCUUUGCGUUAUGCCUUUUUGUGUGUUGGCUGUUUGCGUGAUGCCUUUUUGUGUGUUACUUCUUUGCGUUAUGCCUCUUUGAGUGAUGCCUCUUUGCGUGUUGCCUUUUAGUGUGAUGCCUUUUUCUGCAUGAUACCUAUAUGAUAUUUAGUAUUUCUUCCCUUUAGCGUGGUCUUUUUAUUACCAACUUUGACUCGGUAUAUUUCACUUUUAGGUUAUUGAUUAUUGUCAUAGAUAUACGUCAUAGAUAUACCCUCAUACCUGUCCGUUGGCAAUUUUCAACGUGUGGUUACCAUAUAUUUUUACUGGGUUGUUACCAUCGAUGAAACUUUGCCUGAACACACAUCUUACACGUUGUAGUUUUGAGGAAAAUUAGUCUUGAUUUCGUAAAAAUUCGGCAAGAUACUGAAAACUAAACAUAAAGACAUGUACUUACAUUCGAUGCCCGUCAAUAUAGUGGCAACGUCUUCGAACGCUGUUUGAUAACUGUCGAUUUUAACUACCGUAAUGUGGCACGAAACUGCUCUUGACAUUCAAAAAGCAAGGAAAAGGCUUCUUCAUCAGCACUGCUAGCUCGGAAGUCCCGGAUAUUGAACGAGUGGACCUGGAACAGGCUUUGAAAAAAGCUCCCUUGUUUUUGGCGAUUAUUUUUUCCAAUUUUUGCGUAUUUUUAGCAGAAGAAUGAAAUCAUGACGUCAUCGCUUCUUCCAAAACUGGCAUACUCCCGAACUGUUCUAUAGUAAAUUAGUUGUCGACACGGUGAAAUGACAUUAAUAGCCCCUUCCCCCCCUCCCACCACCACCACUACCACCAAGGUGAUAGUAGGCACCAUUGUAAGUGGUAUUUGGAGAAUAUACAACCGGAAUUUCUCAAACAGCUUACGUCAAAAGUUGUAUUAAUAAUCACUAAUAACUUGGAAAUGAUUUAAGAUUACUGAUUGCUCCUCCUUUUAUCGUUGGUUAUUUUUCUGUUAAUUUGGUAUUGCUUCUCUGUUUUCAGCAACCUCAAAGACAACAGACUCUCUCAGUUAUCUGGCACUGUUUUCAAGGGGUUAGAAGAGUUGAAAACUCUGUAAGUCGUAUAACCUCACGUUCAGCUUCAAGCGUAACAGUGAAAUUUGUAUUUCCCGGUGAACCUGGGACGGGAGACUUUGUAGCAUGAAUUAUAAGCAAAUUUGAAGACAUCUCUUGAGUGUAUUUACUUUUUCUUUUUCCACUAGGCUUUAGGAAAAUGUUGUUAACUCAUAUCGCGUGUCUGUGACUCACCCUGUGACGCAUGAUUAUAGCUCUGCUCUGCUUGGAAAUUACUAGAAAGUAUGAAAAAUAUUCCGCAAGGCUGUUUCUAUAAAUAAAUUAAAACUCCAAGGGCUUAUACGAGAGGCUCCUAGUAAUCGGCUUUUGAAGAAGGCGAAUAAAGUAAAUGAGGAAGAACGUUUUCCAGAAUCCACACUGAAGGAAGGGUUCAAGAUAGACAAAAACAAAGUCACUGUGCGUAAAAUUCCACCAUGUUCUGGUCAGUGUUUAAAAAAAGCUUUAUAAAAAUAUAUGACAGCUUAGGCAGCGCUCAUAUGGUGGACUAAAAUAAACUGCUGACAUUGGAUUAGAUACUACACUGUAUACUCCAUAACUAAGUUAUCGAGUACCUUUCAGCACCUACAGUUGUAGUCUCCCAUUAUUUAGUUGAGCCAUUUUUUUUUUCGUGUAGAGAGCUCUCAAGAAAUGGAAUCUCCAACUUACAGGAAUCCGCCUUUGCAGAUUUAAGAAACCUACAAACUCUGUAAGUUGUACGAUAAGUUGAUAUUUUUUACCAAUAUUUAUGUUUGUAUAAUUCAUUUCUAACUGAUGAUCCAGCACGCAUUUUAUGUUCGGCUAAGCAAAGCCUGGUUAAAGCUCCAGUGAGAAAAAUGGCAGUUAUAAUUUCUGCUUUACUACUCUCCUGCUAUGACGCUCUUUAUCACAAAUUGCCUAAUAAUGCAACAUAUAAAUAGAGGAUAUUACACGGUGGCGCGAAGAUAUGAAUUUUAUUUUCGAGUGGCAAAACAAUAUUCUACGAACGAGCGCAGCGAGCGAGUAAAAUAUUGUUUUUGCCACGAGAAAGUAAAAUUCGUAUCUUCAAGCCUCCGUGUAAUGUUCUUUUUAUUAUAUAGACAAAAAGACAUCGAUAAAAUAAUAGAGGGACAUUACCGAAAUUACGUCAUCGAUAAACUCAUGUGUGAGAUUACGGAAAAUAAACCACUCGGGUCCGGGAUGUGGUUUUUAUGAAUUUUACGAGUGUAUAUUUUCCAGUAAAACACUCGCGCCUAUAUAAUGAUUCGGUAUAAUUUUUAACAAUACUUUCAAUCAAAGUGUCAAAGUUUUAGAAAUUGGACUCGCGCUUUGAUUGGAACCUUUUAUUAGCAAACAAGAGGCAAAGGAAAGAAUAGAAUGAUUUUUCUAAAAGUAUCUGAAAGAUUAAUGCUGACAUUUAUCCUGGUGGACAAGGAGAGUCAUAUAGAGUCAAGAGCAAAAACAGGUCUGCGCGCAAUAGUUACGUUCCUGCACUGCGGUUCAGGAGGCACACAAAACUAAGCCUAAUGGGCUGCAAGAGGCAGGAUCGAGUUGGUGCCUAUAGCUGAAGAAUCAGAAGGAAUUAGCUUGAUCAAAUUUCGUAUUACUCUUCCAUCAUUGUGUUUUAGUAACUUCCAAAGUAACAAGCUCUUGAAGCUACAACAACCCUUCUUCAAGGAUUUAAAAAACCUAAAAAGACUGUAAGUAUGGACUGGAUACUACUUGUUACAAUCAAACCUCGAUUUAACGAACCGCUAUUUAACGCAGUCGUCGGUAUAACGAACGAUUUUCUUUACCCCAAUAAUGAAGGAAUACUUUGUUCUUGCAGCUUUCACACAAACCAACGGAAAGCCAAUUCGUCUUGCGGCGAUAUCUAUGUUGCUUUCUGUUAAGGGGCAAUUAAAGUCACCAAGAUGUAGUGUUACAUUUAAAUGCAUUGGCUUUGUUGGUAUCAUCGAAAAUCACCUUAGCUAUUCGUUCUAUUUGUAGGGACCUCUCAUAUAAUCAAAUCUCUGAGUUAUCGAGGAACAUUUUUGCUGACUUAAAAGGCCUGGAACAUCUGUAAGAUGUAAUUCUUUUGUUUUUUUUUGUUUUUUGCUUACAUUGGCUUGUCUUUUCUCAAAAUCUAAAUCAGAUUAUUUUUAUUUUCUUUAGCUAGGAUUGGACUAAUAAUUUAACCUUAAAUAACCCCCCCGGUUCAGGUUAUCAUUACCAUCUACAGAAUAACUAAGAUGUUUAAAUUUGUGUAGAACUGAUAGCCAGGGUUAUCCCGGGAUAAAUAAAGAACUCUAGUUCAACAUUACUGCUGUACCGGCACUGGAAUGAGUACUAUAAAACAGGCUUAGAUUUUUGGCAAGGGCAGCUUACCUCGUUUUACUAUCAGUGUUUCCCAUCAAACCUUACAUCUUAGGUGGUCUUGGAGAGUUAGUUGUACAAUUAAAUCAAACUUUCACACUAUGCAAUAAUGCAAUGAUGGUUUCUAACAAUAUGGGAUAUACGUCAUCGGAAACUCGCGGAAACAUUAAAGAACGGGAAUUGAAUAAUAGAAAUGUGAAGGAAGUUUCCUUUGCGAAAUCUUCCGGAAAGGUGUUUCCUACAUAGAAAAGUAGAUAGCCACGUUGCCACUGGGUGGAAACGUGACGGAAAUAAGCAGUUCUAUGUUUCCGUUGAGUUUUCAAAAUUUUGAAACACUUCGUUUCGUUCUUUGUUCAUAAUCGAUUCUUACAGUUAUUACGCGUUGUUUAGAGACCUUUCUCACAACCGGAUAACAAUGCCUCAUUCAGAAGUUUUCAGAGAAUUGGAGAGUCUCAAAUACUUGUAAGUUUCAAUUUGAUAUUUGUUUUUAUCAUAUACUAAAACAGUAGAUAUAGUGUUUUUCGCGCACUCUGAUUGGCUACUCAAAGGCAGGAUAUCCAGUGCAGUUCACUGAUUUACCUCCAACGCGAAUGCAAACUGGCGUAAGUUACGACCAAAAUGGUUUCCCGGUUGGCUGCCGUAACAAACAAAGAAAUAUCACAAAUAAUCAUCACAAGCUGUUCCCGGAAUACACAACGAAGAUGACUAAAUUCGGUUUGGAAGCUUUAACAUGUAAACCUUUGUCUGUUUGACUUGAAUUGACCGAUAAAACCGUGAAAAAGUUUUUUGUCUCAUUCCAAAUACAAACUAGGUCUUGCGUAAAAUAAAUAAGCUUAAAACUAAAUUAAAUAGUUUUUUUUACAGAAUGGCUUCAAAUACAAAAAUAAUUCAUAACUUUUGAAGAAAUUUUCCUUAACUGGCUAAAAAAUGCCGUCAAAAGUUUUAUUUGUCAGCAAGAAAACGCGACGGCCGUUCGCUCAUUUGCGCGCCAAAAUUGUCUGAAUUGUUGGCCACAUUAAGUGAGUAAAAAACCAUCUUCUUUGUGCUCAAUUAUCUCAAUGUUUUUGAAUACACUAAAACAAUUAUUCACCUCAGUGUCGGUGGCUAGUGGUGUGUAUAUACCUUGCGGCUUAUCGGCUCGCAAAUUACACCACUAGCCACCUCCACCUCAGUAAAUGAUUGUUAUUUAUUUCAAUGAUACGUUUUUUUCGCUUUAACAAAGGUGCAUGUUACAACCACAAAGUGAAACAACAAGCCUCGAACAUAUAUUAAAAUACCGUACACUAUCACGGAGGAUGUCUGCUCAUGUACACGCAAAAGUUAUGACUAGAAUAACCAGUGCAGUUUUUCGCGGUAAGGAAGCGCAGUCACUCAGGGUAAAAUGAAAUGAAAAACCCCUCGCAUGGAAAUAUUUUAAUCUCAGCCGUCACUGAUAAGUUGCAAGGUGUCAACUAAUAUACCUACAUUUUUAAUGCAUGGACGGAUUAAGGAUUUGGCUGAGGGGGCCGCGAAAUUUUUCUGUGAGAUUUCGUAUAAUUUUAAAAUAAUUCUUAGUAAUUUAAGCACAAGAGAGGAUAAAGGGGACAGAGAAAGCCCCCACCCCCCUCCCCCCCCCCAUACACACCCUAUUCCAUAGGUAAUUCAUCUCGAGUUAUUUUUAACACCAUAGAUCUCAAGGGGGAUUAGACAACAGCCAAUCACAUAGCGCGAAUUUAUUCCGCGUGGAUGACCCACGCUCAGAGGCACGCGUCCUUCACGAAUUGACGCAGAAAAAAAUGGCGGAAGACGCGGAGAUCGAUAUUGUUAUUCGUUUUGUCUACGAAAACGACUAAAGAGAAAUUUCUGCUAAAGCUGUGUCAGCGAAACGGUAAUUAAAAAAGAAUCGCCCUUCCUCUCUUGUAUAGAGCUAACAGCACAGCAGGGAAAUCCUUAACACACUGAAUAUUCUCUCAGGAUCAUUUAUAAUUACAGUUUGAAGAGAGAAAUUUCUGGUUUGAUAUUUAAUCUUUUAUUAGUCUUUUAUUAUUCAACGAAAAUAACACUUGGCGUCCUACUUGCUUUAUUGUACAAACGGCCGGUUUCAAUAGACCGGCGAAAUUUCUCAUUUUAUUAAAGCACUGAGGUUACGAUAACUACGAGUUAAACUGAUUUCACGGGUUGUCAAAGAGUCCAGCGAUUCCCCUUUCCCAGGUGAGCGCCGACUCAUUUCGUUUCAAUAUUCAGGAAUGCUCUCGAUCUCUUUACGCUUUCAUUGCCUUUCGCUCCACAUGUUUUGCGCGGCGUUUAGUCAUGCAAAACCUCCACGAAACAUCUACGCAGCGCGCGUGGUAACUUUAUCCCGAUUCUAAAAAUAAUUCGAGACGAAUUACCUAUGGAAUAGGGUGCGUAUGGGGGAUGCCUUCUCUGUCCCCUUUAUCUUCUCUUGUUUAAGUAGUAUCCGUACAGCUGUCAAAUCCCCCCACCCCCGCCCCGCGCCACAUUUUUGAAUUGCAAUUAGCCUACCAGUAUCGUAGCUUCAAGCGCUGAAUGUGUUGGUCAAUGUUUGUAAUAUCCAAACAGAACAUGCAAUUCCUUAAUAACCACCGACAAGGUGAUAACACUCAGAACGCCAGCUUUUUAAUUCUUUCAUUGUCCCUAUAUAUUUUUUGUAAGGUUUCUAAACAAUAACAAGAUCAACCAGCUUCAUGGUGAUAUAUUUCAUGGGCUCCAAAACCUGGAAAGAUUGUAAGUACAAUUUAGCUUUAUGAGACGUUGAUAAAGAAUGGAAAUGUAGUAAUGUAGUUUUAAUACGGUAAUAAACAAGCUGUCUCUAAGGAACCAAGCACUAAAAAAAGUAAAUUUCAACAUUCGCCGGAAAAAUUGCACGUUUACCCUUUGACGCAAUGUUCCCCGCGAAGUACAACUUUUGGCGAGAAACAGUUUUAUUGUAAAUUGUCAUGUGAUCCCAAGGUAACCAAUGAGAGUGCUUCCGAUGGGACAAAAUUUCAGCAAUACAAAAAUAGCGUGUAAUCUUAAUUUUUAUUAAAACGGAAUCAAUGGAUAAUAUAAUGCAAUUCUAGAGCUCUGAUUGUCUUAGCAACCAUGGUAUACGAGCCAUCAUACCAUGCUCUCCAAAUAUGUCAACUGUACUCGUUGCUUUUACAAAUAAAGUCGGGAAGAAUUCUCGAUAUUUUGUGGGCGUUUUUAAUGAAACAAUUAUUUCACUCGCACUUAUUGGAUAUGAGAUGAUUAUAGCCGACUCGGCGCUAUGCACCUCGUUGGCUCUCUACCAUCUCAUUUCCAACGUCCACUCGUGGAAUAAUUGUUAAAUAGCCAGCGUCAGUAGCAGGCGCUUCGAAGUAAUAUGCGAAAAAGAACGAGGCGCGCAAGGGAGACUCGCGCGCCACGUUCUUUCUCAGUUGAGAAAAUUACUAUUACAAUCCCUUGAUACGCAGGCUAGUAACAUUACACAAAUAGUUAAACUUGUGAGCGCGUACAUUGGCUAAAAAAAGGAAGUUAAAGUAUUUUUCCCACAGAGUCUCCAGGACAAUGCUUAUGUUUAUGUAAUGCUAAGACCUAACCUCAUAACCAAAUGAACAAAAAAUGAAAACGAAAUCGCUAGAUAUUACAAUGAAGCUGAAUAUUCUCCCUAAAACAUACGUCACUGUUUCGGUUCACCGCUAAAAUUCAAUGACUAAAUUAGAAGACAAGUCAAGACAAAAGUGAUUUAACGCCUUCUGAUAAAUUGUAUUGCCACUCAAGUGUUUUUUUAUAGGUAUAUAUUUCUUGUAGGUAUCUGCAGGGAAACUUGCUUAAAGCGCUGCCUUUAGAGGUAUUCGCAGGCCUCCGGAAUCUUAACUAUUUGUGAGUAUAUUCUGCUACCUUGCAUAAAACUGCGUUACAGAUUAAAUUCCCCCGAAAAUUUUUCCGAAAAAAAUCCGGAAAGGCGUCAGGUUGGUAUGAGAUCUAGCAACAAUGACAAUUUUUUUUGCAACUGUUUAUUAUUACUAUUAAUUUUAUUAUUAUCAUUUUUUUACGAACUUUUUAAAGAAGUGGGAAUUUAGGAAUACGAGAUUUUAUUCUUUUUUUUAACUUGUUUUCUUUUUAAUAUCAGAGACGGACAAUUCUUUUUUGUAAUGACUUAAUUUAUAUAAAAACUCUGGACUGCCUGCAAGAGUUGUUGACUGCAUUUGAGCCGCAAGGAAUGUAUUUGGGAAAUCGUUAUUGACACAGGAAAUUAUUAUUUUUUUAUGAUUUAUGUAAUGCUUAAUAUUAUAUAGUGCUUAAUUCUUACCUCAAAUAUUCUGUAAAUGAUGUACAUAUUUUUAAAGUUGAAUAAAAUUAUUAUUAUAGUAAUAUUUAUUAUUAUUAUAAUCAUUAUUAUUAUUAAUAACUUGCAGAGUAUUUCAUAACGACAAAAAACGUUAUUUUGGUCUCGUACAUCAUUUUUUUGCCAUAUUAGUAAGCCUUUCGACUAUUACUACGUUUGCAAACAUUUUACAGUUUUGUAUUCAUUCUGAUUUUAGGAAGUUAGACAGCUUCUCCUUGUGCUGUUAUGCUACUAGAGUUCUCAAGCACGUGGACUGCGAAUACCCAUUGUCGGCGCAAGAUUCAUUUUCAAGUUGCAAUCGCAUGAUUGAGGACUCAGGUCCCAGAAAGAUAAUUUGGUUGCUCGGUGUUCUUGCGGUGCUUGGUAACCUGGCUGUUAUAGCCUGGCGUCUAAUUAGGCGCGACGACCACCCGGUUCAAACCUGUCUUCUGACGAAUCUCGCAGUGUCCGACUUUCUCAUGGGAGUGUACCUUAUGAUUGUUGCCAUUCAAGACCAAAUAUGGGCAGGUAUGGGUUUCGAUCACCAGCGUUUCGUUGGGAGCAAUACAAAUUCUUUUUUUUUUUCUAUUUUACUGACAGAGCAUUUAUCAUAAGUUUGGCUAGUUUUACAAGAAACAGAUUUUGAAUCAAAAUGAUGAAACAGUACGUAACCCUUUUUAUGGGUUCUUAUCUUAAGGUCAUUUAAAAAUGACCUUAAAAAUUAAUUUGACGAGAUCACACUGAAAGGAGCCUUUUUAAUUUGAGGUCACAUUAAACUAAAGCUUGUACACAGGCCCGGUAAAAGACAUAUACCUUCAAAUAGCAUGUUCCAGGCAAGUGAAAGGCACGCGCAAAUAUGAGCUCAUGAUCUGGGAAAAAAGGGCGGUCGCAGUUUAUUCCCUUUUUAUUUUCGUGUUCGCUUUCCCAAUUUCGCGGGCCCGACUAUCACAGAGUUUCGAACACUCAGGCUAAACUUCGACUAGGUGUCAAUUUGAUUAAACUGUUACUAGAAUUUUGACAUCAAUCCUGUAACGUCAUUUUCCCGCCGAAAACCGUUAAAAUCAAAAAAGUAAAACCAACGAAACAUGUGCAAAAAAAGUUGUACCAUCCUGCAAAGUUUCAGAUCAAACGGAUAAAAAUUGUGAAAGAAUUCUUUCCUGGCCAUUUUUGAUGUUUUCUUUUUUUCAAGAGUGCAAAGUGCAAGUUUAGCUAUUGAUUUCAGAGUCUAAACAUUUACAAUCGUAAAUUUUUCAUUAAUCAUAAUAAUGUUAUCUGGAAGUUAUUUUCCGAGUAGAGCAUACAAUAGGGUGCACAGACAAGUGAGUGUUAUCAUAAUACUGAAACAGUGCUUCAUUUCCAGGUGCUUACUUUAACUUCGACCUCACUUGGCGAUCAGGAACACUUUGUAAACUUGCUGGUGCUUUAUCACUGCUGUCGAGCGAAGUCUCGGUACUAAUGCUGACUGUUAUAACCGCUGAUCGAUUGAUCAGCAUCGUCUUUACAUUCAGCUGUCGCCGACUGACGCUAAGGGGAACUUACGUUAUUUGCGCAGCCGUCUGGGUCAUCGGAACCAUAAUUGCAGUCGUUCCAGCAAAUGAUCUCCCAUAUUUUUACAACGAGGACAGACAAUAUGGAUUUUAUGGUAUAUUCGCUUUUCAAGUGAAACACCGCCCCCUUAAUUAAAUUUUCCCUUGCUGUCUGGCUCUUUUAAUCUAACGGAUUAAAACGCCUUGAUCAGUCUACCGAAGUACAGUGAUGUCGAGCAAAGUUUCGGUUAUUUUUUAGAGAAUCUUAGUAAAAUGCUUGACAGAAGAUUGUCAUGGCAACAUAAUACUACGCUGUGUGACUUUUUCAGUGGGUGAGAAACUGUCAUUGCCAUCUUCAUCAUCAUUAUUAUCAUUGUUAUUUACUUCUUGUUCUUCCUCUCUCCUUAUCAUAAUUAGCCUGUCACAUUAUCUGAUAUUAAGAACCAACUAAAAUACGAAAUUCGUAUUUUUUUUUUUUAAGGGCGUUCCUCAGUUUGUCUCCCUCUCCAACUGUCCUCAGAAAGGCUGGCCGGCUGGGAGUAUUCAGUUGCCAUAUUUAUCGCUUUGAAUCUCACAGCUUUCCUUUUCAUCAUGACAGCCUACAUAGCCAUUAUCUUUAAGGUGUUUAAGUCACAGCAGAGAAUCAACGCACAUGGAGAGUCAAAAACCAAUAACAGCCUCAACAGAGAGUCGGCCCUCGCUCGGAGAGUGUUCGCCAUCAUUUUAACUGACUUCAGUUGCUGGAUUCCUGUGAUAAUUUUGAGUAUUCUUGCCCUCGUUGGGAAGUUCAAUGAUCCCGACGGAACAGCUUACGUUUGGUUUGCUGCGUUUGUCCUGCCGGUUAAUUCAUCAGUUAAUCCAGUGCUCUACACGUUUUCUACACCGAAGGUAAGAGCGCAAGUGGGGAAACCUGAAUGA